AUGAGUAGCACAAGUAGACGUGGUAGUAGUAACAGCGACAAUACAGCCUUGGCAUUGGGUACCACAUUUAAUGAGCAAACAUUUUAUCGUUCAUGUCUACUAGGUGAUUUAGAACGUGUACAAUACAUUCUACGUACAACAACACAUAUAAAUAUCAAUCAUCAAAAUGAUGAAGGUCUCACAUUGCUUCAUCUCGGCUGUAUUAGUAAUUUUUAUGGACUCGUUCAACUAUUACUACAAUAUCAUGCACAAAUUGAUAUUCAUGAUAAAUAUGGUCGAACAUGUCUGCAUUACAUUGCCAUGAAUGAUCAUCGUGCACUCAUCAAACUUAUUCUAAAUAAGCCGUCGACUCGUUUUCCGUUAAUAGAAUUAAAUUCAUCAUUAGACAAUAAUAAUCAAAAUCAUAUUACAAAUGAUUAUAUUAAUUUAUGUGAUAAACAGGGGAAAACGGCGUUGAUUCUAGCAUGCGAAUAUGGUCAUUUAGAAUUAGCAGAAUUAUUGAUUAAUGAAUAUAAAGCGGAUGUAAAUAAAAAUGAUCCACUACAUUAUGCAUCCAUCGAGGGUAAAUUCGAUGUAUGUCAAUUAUUAAUUCAAUAUGGAUCAAAUGUAAAUCAUGUACUAAUGCCAAAAGUCGUACAAGAAAUAUGUCAAAGAGGUCAUAUGAAUGUAUUACAACUAUUAUUAAAUAGUAAAUAUGAAUUAUCUCUGCCAUCUCGUACAGAGGGUAACAGUGUGUUAUAUCAUUCAGUUAUUGCUCUCGAUAAAUCCAUCGUGCAAGAACUACUCGAACAUGAAGCCCGACUGAAUGAAAAAGAUAUUCAUGAUCUUCUCUCACAUGUUUCCAUAUUAAUUCAUAAUAGUCAACAAUUAGAUCAAUAUUUUGAUUGUCUAACAUGUCUCUUUCAAUAUCGAACAAAUUUUGAUGAUUCAAAAAUUUCAAAAUAUUUUAUUAAACAAUUAGCUGAACAUAUUGUAUCACACACAUCUGUUGUAUCGUCACUCAUUCUUAAGCAUGCCUUCGUUCGAUUAAAAUAUUUAUUUGCAUUGAGUUUAUACGGUGGACAAAUACCAUUACGAAGAACAACGGGUAAAUGGUGUGCUCAAAUCGUAUGCGAUACUCAUCGACAAAUUAAUUUAUCAGAUGUAUUUAAACAGUUGACAUCGACGUGGUCAUUAAAACACAUUCUAAGAAUUAAAAUAAAACAAUCAAUGACAAUAUUCAAUAGAAAUGAAUUAAGAAAAUCACAUUUACCUCAACAUUUACAACGAUUUUUAGCGUUUGAUUAUUUGUAA